AUGUGGUUUACGCUUUUGAAGCUGGAUAAUUUGGAGUUCACGAAUGCUACAAGCAAUAGGAAUAAUCAAGAGAUGUACGAUUACCGAUUUGUUUUACGAGUUUUAACGUCCAUAUUGGAGCCACCGGCUGAGUUGAGUUCGCGUAAAUUCGUCGAAUGUAACGCGCUAUCGUUUGCGUUCGUUGCGACCAGUUUGAAAGAGUCAUCGGAACGUGCCUUGGCAUAUGUUAUUCUGAGACGUUUCUUGAGUCAUCUGUCAGAUUUGAGUGUUGAGACAUUCGCUGAGAAGUCGUUAUUUAUUUAUUUGAUACGAUUCUUCAAGAACAGUGUCGACUAUCCGAAUCAACGCAUUCCGCACGGUUUGUUCAUAUUUCAUUCCAUUCAGUUGUGCGAUUUCCAAUAG